GCAUGGUUGUCAUUCAGAAUUUUUGUCGCUAAAAUGCCGAUGCGAGUUAUGGAUCGUCGUGAACUGCAAAUUAUUGUUGGUUAACUGCUGUUGUUUGGUUGCAGCAGUUGUGAAUUCCAUCUAUUAUGCUAGAUGGCAUGGAUGUUGAUUGUUGGUUCGCUGGUUCUGGCCUGGAUAGCAUCUCUGUGCAAAAUUUUCCAUGGAUCAAGUUCCUCUUUCAGGAACUCCUUCUUGAAUACAGGUGGAACUCUUCGCAAGAGAAAUGUCUUGCUGAUUGUCGCCCACCCAGAUGAUGAGUCUAUGUUCUUUUCUCCGACAAUAACCUUUCUGACUUCAAGAGGGCAUAAUCUGCACGUAUUGUGCUUGUCAAUGGGUGAUGCUGAUGGCAAGGGCAAUAUCAGAAAGGACGAGCUCUAUCAGGCUUGUGCAAUUCUCAAGGUUCCACUUCAACAAGUGAAGAUUAUGGACCAUCCAGAUUUGCAGGAUGGUUUUGGCAGGGUUUGGAACCAUACUUUACUGGCUAAGAUUAUUGAAGGGGAAAUUAUGAGUUAUGGCAUUGACUUGAUUAUUACUUUCGAUAACUAUGGUGUGUCAGGUCAUUGUAAUCAUCGUGAUGUGCAUUAUGGGGUAUGCAAGUUCUUGCAUAAUGGUCCAGGAAAUAAUAUCGAGGCCUGGGAACUUGUCAGUACCAAUAUUUUGCGCAAGUAUAGUGGACCACUUGAUAUCUGGUUGUCGAUUAUACAUGCCAUGCAACACUCGGGUGAAGUGAUGCAUUGCUUGCUAAAUGAACAACCCCAGAAGAGCUUCCUCGCAAUGGCACAACACUCAAGCCAAUGGGUUUGGUUUCGCAAGCUUUUUGUAGCGUUUUCCAGUUACACUUAUGUGAACACACUCAGAAAGAUCAAAUAUAUGUGACGUAAUUGCUCCCACCGGAAAGAGUUUGAUACCAGGUUACAAACAAUUCACCUUCAAGAUACAAUAAAGUCACUAACUGCAGACAACAAUUCUAAAGAUUUCCCUUCAAAGUUUAUCUACAAAAUUUUGUAUGCGACUGAAAAUGAUGGGAGAAUAGAAUGUUUAAAUUCAUGGAUUACAUCCUCUAUUUCUAGAAAAUUAAGGGACACAUUGUAAAAAGUCACAACCAUGCCUUGUGACUUUUCAUUUAAAGACUAAGGGAUAUGCUUGAUCAA